GUCAAAUUUCCAAAACGCGCCGCCAUUCCCGACGUCUCUAGUCUUUGUUGGAGCAGGCUCCAUAGUUUCUCUUCCACUUACAGCCAUUGUCUGAGCAAGGUUUUUCGUGCUGCAACAUGGACCUGAACGAGAUAUUGGCCUUCAAUCCGGAGAAGCCGUCUCUGAAGAGACUGGCAGACGGGGAGCCAGUGGAUUCUGACAUGAGACCCCCGCAUGCCAAGCAGACCCGAGGUGGGGGCCGUAGAGGAGGGGGAGGGGUGGCAGGGGCGAGCGUUUCAGACGAAGAGAAACUGAGGAUUCUGCAGAGUGUGGACGAGGACGAGGAGGAGGAGGAGGGAGAGGGGCUGGACGUCGGGGGAGUCAAGAGAAUGCUGCUCAGCUUUGAGAAGAAGGUGCUGAGGAACCAGGAGAUGAGAGUCAAGUUCCCAGAGCUCCCAGAGAAAUUCAUGGAGAGUGAACUGGAGUUGAACGAGGAACUCCAGACACUCCACGUCAUCGCCACUACCCCGGAGUUUUACCCCAUCCUCUCGGAGCUGAAUGCGGUGCAGACUCUACUUGGCCUGCUGAGCCACGACAACUCUGACAUCGCCCUGGCAGUGGUUGACCUCCUCCAGGAGCUGACAGACGUGGAGACUGUCAGUGAGACCCAGGAGGAGGUGGAGGGACUCGUCGAUGCUCUGCUCAAGGAACAGAUAGUGGCUCUGCUGGUCCAGGUCCUCGACAGGCUGGACGAGAAGGUCCGAGAGGACGCAGACGGCGUCCACAACAUUCUCUACAUCGUCGAGAACAUGUCAGAGUUCAAGAACAGUGAGGUGUGUCUGGCGGCCGGCGAACAGGGGCUCAUAACGUGGCUCCUCCGCCGUCUCCGAGUCCGGCAGUUUGACGCCAACAAGCUGUACGUGGUGGAGAUUGUCGCCAUCUUACUCCAGAGCAACGAGACGAACCAGCGGCUUCUCGGCGAGAAAGACGGCAUCGACAACCUCCUCCAGGCCCUGGCCUACUACAAGAGGCGAGACCCGCAGACGCUGGACGAGAUCGAGAUGAUGGAGAACCUGUUUGACUGUCUGUGCUCCGCCCUCAUGUUCACCCCAAAUCGGGAGCGUUUCUUGAAGGGGGAGGGGCUCCAGCUCAUGAUAUUGAUGCUGAAAGAGAAGAAAAUGUCCCGUCGGUCGGCGCUCAAGGUGCUCAACCACGCCAUGUGCAACGCCGAGGGCACGGAGAACUGUGUCAAGUUUGUUGAGGUGUACGGACUGCGCAGUCUGUUCCCGGUUUUCAUGAAACCUCCGAAAUCAUCAAAGAAAGGGACGAGUGGUUCGGAGCAGGAGUUGGAGGAGCACAUGUCGUCGAUCAUAGCCUCUCUCUUCAGGAACGUGCAGGGAGCCUCUCGGGACCGGCUGGUUGGGAAGUUUCUGGAGAAUGACUGCGAGAAAGUCGACAGACUCAUGGAGCUGCACUUCAAGUACAAACGACGGGUGACCCUGGCUGACGAGGAGAUAAAGAGAGAGAGGCAGCUGGACGGGGGGGCGACUGAGGAGGACGACACUGAGGCGUAUCUCCAUCGCCUGGACGCAGGGCUGUUCACGCUCCAGCUGGUGGACUACGUGAUGGCAGAGCUGUACCUCUGUUCCAUUCCAGCCAUCCGGACCCGGAUCCAGACCCUGCUGAGUCAGCACCGAGACACGCUGGCCGGCGUGAGGAUGGUCCUCAGUGAGUACACAGAGAGCCUCGGGGACGCCAGCAGCAGCGAUGCAAUGAAACAGGAUCAACAGAGAGUCAACGAUCUCAUCUCCAAACUCAUCUAAUAGCUGUAUAAUUAUGCCAGACUUGAAUGCACAUCUUUUCUCUCGUGUUCACUAUUCUCUCUCGCCGUUACUUUCUUUACCCUUAAUUGGUUUAUUUUUCUUCAAAUCACGUAUAUAUAGUAAUACACAGUCAUACAAUGCACUUCUUUCUUGUAAGUUAUUGUGAUACUCUUGUGUUGUUGUUUUGUACAAAUGAAUGGUGUAAAGUGAUAGUGUCAAUGGAUAUUGGGCGACUAUUGAACUUUGGUCUUCCCAUUGCUCAUGCCAUGGAAGAGGAGGAGAGAGAGGAACCCGGUCACCAGCCCCACCCCCAGUCUGGUGAGGAGGAGGAGAGAGGGGGUGGGGGAGAAGGAGAAGGAGAGGAGGUAGAGGAAGAGAGGGGAGUAGCAGAGAGAGAGGAGGAGAGAGAGGAGGAGGGGGAGGAGGGUCUGGUUGAAGUCAGGUCUGCUCCACAUCCACAGGAGAGCCACUGUAGACGCC